UGUUAUCCUUACAUCGAUAACCUUUGUAUUUACGCGCGUAUAGUAAGGUUAAUUAUUCGAAUCGUCAAUUCAAUUCUUACUUUUAUUGAAAUUUUAAUAAUUCUUACAGAAGUAAUGUUUAUAAAGAAGAAAGUAAUGGAUUGCGAGGAUAUUCUAAGGAAUUUUUUCGAAAUUUCUCUUUUAUUCAGGAGACUUAUCUUUCGAAAACAGCUUUGUUGUUUACUUAGAUAAUUUUAGUUGGAUGAUCUCAUUUGUAGAUAUCUGUUGGAUUUUAUUUUUUUCAAUAUUGUUUACGGUAACUAAAGAGGGUUGGUUUCUACGACCAUCAUAAAGAAAAAACUUGGCUCUAAAUGGCAUCACAUCGUAAUCUAUAUUUGAUCACAAGUUGAAUCUUCAACGUUAUGUCCUGUUGCGAGGGAGUCGAUGGUAUCGAACGUUCUCCUGGCACUGGUUGUUGUGGAACAAAGUGUACAGCCGGAUCAAGUGGAUGUCUCGCUUCAGAAUCUCGUAUUCGUUCUUGCCAAUGUCAAAAUAACGUCGGUUGUUUGGAUCGUAAUGAUUGUGGUGGAUUUCGUCCUAGCGGUACUGCAGCUACCGGCGCAUGUCCAGGACCGUGUCAAUGCUUAGAAGAGGAGAUUUGGAAUAGUAAUGUUCCACCUAAGCCGAACUGCGAGUGGUUAAGCAACUUCUCCGAGCUCCGACGGCAGUGGAGCAAUCAUGCUCGUCAACAGAACUGCAAGUGUUGCAACUGUCGAUCAUGUAGAAUUGCCGCCCCCUGUCGACCAUGCUUACCGACAACGCUUUGCACUUCCGGCUUCGUCGUACCUUCAUCGGACUGUCAGGAUUAUUGCGAGGAUCAUCGUUUAGCCGGUGGUGCAAGCGAUAAAAGAGAUUUAAGUCCAGUGGAAUCAACGUCCUCGAGGGAGUCUCGUAAUCUUCGAAGAGAAGUCGGAGGUGGUUGCCCGCCACCAGGAUGCGGUCGAUCCUGCCAAACGGCACGCUGUCGAUCACCAAGUACGGAUCGUUCCUCCUCGUGCUCUUGGUGUCCUACGUCCGUACCGCGUCCUUCUUCUCCAUGUAGACCAUCGACUCUUUGUCAACCCUGUGCUCCCUCCCCAAAGUCCAUCUUAAAAAAGCGAAGUUGUUGUCAGUGCACGACUGGUUAUUGCAUGUGUCAACCGAUGCCACGAAACUGUAAUUGUCCUCCUCCGAUCCAAAUUGAUGCUCGAGCAGAACGAGAUUGCACUUGCGACUGUUCUUCCUCUCCGGAAUGUGCAUGUCCACCGAGCGAACGAAGAUUUCCUAGAACAAUGGUGAAAUGUCCCAACGCCAGAUUAUGUUGUCCAUUGCCGCGAUUACCACCCGGUCCAAAGUGUCACUGCGAUCGCUGUCAACCCUGUUUACCGCCACCUUGUGAUCCCUGCACUUCCAGCAUCUGUCGGAAUAUCAUUCCAAGAGCGAAUCCCUGUUGUCCGAGUUCACCGUGUCCACCGCGUUCCCCUUGCCGUCCUAAAUCUCCUGAUCUUCAACCUUGCCGCUCGCCAUCGCCUUGCCGUAAAUCAACGCAACGAUAUUGUCUCGGAAGGAGUUCUUGUCGCGAUGAUACUUACAACGUAUGUCCACGUGAUGCGAAUGAUAGACGAUCGUCGGCAACCUGCGGAGGAACAGGGCCAAUGUGACACGUGGUGUGGUGGGUCCGGUAGGUGGAGAUAACACGAUGACGCUAACAUGGAACACAAGCGCACAGACCUGUCGGUGCAAAUGGAAGAAUGGAGACGUGUCCUGCAAGGAC